AUGAGCUCGCCAUCACGAGAAAACUUACGGGUUCUUGCGAAAGUGAACACCGAGUCUAUCGCGAUGGCGUCACAUUCCCAGGGCAUAGUAAGCGAUAAGAAUAGCCGAACCCAGGCGUAUGCGAAUCGAAUGAAGAGAGGCAAGAUUGUCAGGCCGCGCGGAGAGUUUAUCACGAGCUCCAGCAUGGCCGACAUCACCCAGGAGUAUGAGAAGUUCCAGGCAAAGCAAACCAGGCUUCAAACGCGCCAGGAGAUAAGGAUGCAUCUUAAACGAGUUCGUGGAGAAAUGCAGAAGAUCCGAGAAGACUAUAAAGUCGGGAAGAAGCAGUUAGUCAAUGGCAGAGUCAAGAAAUUGAACUUUAAGCCCUGGCUAGAGUUUACGGGACGAGACGUUGAGUUCUACACUCUAGAGCAAAGUUGCGAUACCCUCAUGCGGGAGCUCAAAGAGCCAUCCAAGGAUUCCUUUUUCUACGAUACCACGAAGAGAAAUAACUCCGCCAGAGAUGUCAGGGCGCGCGCAGCGACCCGACCUCGCCCACUUACAGAUAUGUCGUCGCUGCCCGGCAGUGACGAUACCGUCUAUUUCACAGGCCUCGAUCUUGACAAACAUAGUGAGGAUGGCGCCGACGAUAAAGACGAGGACAAUUUACUCGAUACGCAAGAGAAUAUACCCUCAUCGCCGCCGUUAGCAGCGGUUGAAGCGGUAGUCGAUACACCAUGCCCUCGACCGCACACCCGACCGUCCAACAAGAUACAGCAGACGCUCCAGGAACACAGGUAUGGAUAA